AUGAAACCCCUCAAAGGAGCUUCAUCCGCGCUUCUUCUGGGACGCCUUUCUGUGUCGGGAACUAGAAAGACGAUGAAUAUAACUUCAGAGAUCAACCAUGUCAUCAUUACUAUACUCGAGAACUCUGAUGUUCAAAUUCAUCGGCGGAAAGAACAGUCCUUAUCAAUGAGCUCGUGGGUAGAUGUUGGUGUCCCAAAAAUUGAGGUUGAAAUGACUGUCACGCUCUCAGCCGCUGGUCAGAAGAUGAUUAUCCGCUACGAGGUUGACGAAUCCCAAAAAACGGUGAACCCGUACCAUAAAUUUUUACUCAUGGCGCCUUUCCUCAACGUCAUCGUGACAAUGUUUAUAGUCACAAGGUGUUGCCGCCGCAGCAUAUUUGACAACACAAGUGUUAGAAAAUCAGUUUCUCUAAAAUAA